AUGUCUCGAGGCAACCGAGUUGUAUCGUCAGGAAACAUGUCUACUUCGAUGCGAGACAAUUACAAUCAACACGGUGUUGGCGAGUACUAUAGAAAGGUGGGCGUCACGUACAGAAAUCCACACUACCCGGGGGUACGCCGGUGUCUCUUUGCAUGGUUCACGAGUUGGUGGCAACAGGAGCACGCCAAUAUCGAUGCCAGAGGACCAACAAUAUUUGACAUGGCAUGUGGUGUGCACUCAUCAAAAGUAAUCAUCGCCCUCCAAGAAUGGUGGUUGAGCGGGCUAUCUACAAACAACCAACCCACCCCAACCGAAAUCACACAAAUGUCUAUUCCCUUGCCACGUUCCAAAUCACAUAUACUCCUCCCACCGCUCGAUUCGCAUACUCCAAGGCCAUUGGUUAUGGCUGCUGAUCCUUAUACGUCGGAAGCAUUCAAGGCGCGCACAUCCUUACCUUGUGCUGCGCUCUCCUUUUCCGAUAUUGCACAAGGCAUUAUGCCUGCCUCGACAUCACGCCUGCCACUAUCUGCGCCUGCUCAGGCUGCGACCGCCAAAAGCAAAGAUGCAGUUUCGCCCCGAGAGAUUAUCCCCAAUCUGGUCGAAAUGGUCAUAUGCUCCUUCGCAUUGCACCUGAUCGAAACUCCUUCUGAGCUCUUCGCAUUGCUGUGGGAGCUGAGCACAAAAUGUCGUUGGCUAGUCAUUCUAGCGCCGCACAAAAAACCACAGAUCAAGGACGGCUGGGGAUGGUCAAAAUGGGAUACAGAAAAAUGGUCUAACUGUAGCAUGGCUGAAGUUCAAGGAGAGUUCUUGUUUGAUAGAGUGCAUUGUCGUGUAUAUCGCAGUCUGAAUGUUCGUUGA